AUUAACUCUAAUUGCAUUUGCAUUACAUGGCUUCUUCUUCUCUCUUCCUGUUCCUGCUUUUGGUAGCUGCUGCUGCUGCCGCGACCGCUGCUGCUCCUGGGCUUUCAUGGAACUUCUAUGACUCAUCCUGCCCUAAGCUGGAAUCCAUUGUCAGGAAACAGCUGACCAAGGUUUUUAAAGAUGAUGUAGGCCAAGCUGCCGGCUUGCUUCGUCUCCACUUCCACGACUGUUUUGUUCAGGGAUGUGAUGGGUCCGUGCUUCUUGACGGAUCAGCAGGUGGGCCAAGUGAAAAGAGCGCUAUUCCCAAUUUGACCUUGAGGAAACAAGCCUUCAAAAUCAUCGAUGACCUCCGCCGCCGUGUCCACAAGGACUGCGGCCGCAUCGUCUCUUGCUCUGAUAUUGUUGCUCUAGCCGCCCGUGAUUCUGUCUAUCUAACCGGUGGACCAGAUUAUGAUCUCCCAUUGGGUCGCAGAGAUGGGGUUAACUUCGCCACCGAGGCCGCCACGUUUGCCAAUCUCGUGGGUCCUACCGCUAACACCACCACCAUCCUCACCCGUUUUGCCGCCAAAAACCUUGACAUUGUUGACUCCGUUGCCCUCUCCGGUGGUCACACCAUUGGGAUCAGCCAUUGCCCUGCUUUCACUAACCGCCUCUACCCGACACAAGACCCCAUCAUGGACAAGACCUUUGCCAACAACCUCAAACUCACCUGCCCGGCCCCCGACACCGACAACACCGCAGACUUCGACAUCCGAUCCCCCAACAAGUUUGACAACAAAUACUUUGUCGAUCUUAUGAACCGCCAGGGCCUUUUGACCUCCGACCAGGAUCUCUACACCGACACCAGAACCAAGGGGAUUGUCACAGAUUUUGCGGUCAAUCAAGAUUUGUUUUUCGACAAAUUUGCGAAUGCUAUGGUAAAGAUGGGGCAGGUUAGUGUGUUGACUGGAGGAGAUGGAGAGAUCAGGGCUAACUGCUCCGUUAGAAAUUCUGAUAACUUGAUGUUGUUGAAUCAAGUAGUUGAUCGUGUGGAAGAAGAACAAGGGAGCGUGUCACAGUUUUGAUGACUAUUUUGGUCCUUCUCCACGUGUGCUGCUUUUGUUUUGUUCAAUAAAUUAAUGGAAGAAUGUCAAUUUAAUUAAUGGAAGAAU